AUGGCUGACAAGUCCGCAUAUAUGUCCGCUGGAGGAUACAGCUCCGGAUACAUGGGAUCCAACGCCUCCUCGUCUGGAUACGCUCGUGAGGAUUAUGCUUCUGGAGGAUCUGGUGGAUCGAACAACAACAAUCAAGGAGGAUCCGGAGGAAACACCAAUCCAGGAGCACAAGUCUUCAAGGCUCGUACUGAUCAAUCGUGCUACUUGGGUCCAUAA